CAACCCCCCUUGUUUUCCCCUGGGCCAUAGCCCACCGGACCGGCCCAACCCAACUCCUCCCCUCUGUCUUCUUCGUUCUCUGUUCACAGACUGCGGUGGACGACCGUGCAUCGUCCAUGGACGGAUUAGCCACGGGGCGGCCAUCCGCUCCUCCCCGCCGUCUCCUAGCGGAGGAUAAGAACGACCCGAGCCCCUGGAUCGAACCCUAUCUCCUUCUUCCCCUUCCAUUCGAUCCUCCGCUCGAACCCGAAGCAUCUCGAUGCCUCGCUGCCGCGUUGCCCUCAUCACCGUGGCCACCGGCGUUCCCCUGCCUCCUCGGGUUGACUAGGGGCCACGUCAGCUACGACCUCGUCCUCCACACCCAGCAGCGGGAGCCGGGAAGUCCUACAUCGAGCGGAUCGACUGCAGCGUCCACUCCGGGCUCCGACGAACGCCGCCACCGAUCUGCUGCACCUCUUCGCUACAAGCCUUGUCGAGUCUCCCACCCCGGUACCGACGCAGUCCCCAAGACCGACGCAGCUCCGGAGUUCGACUACACUAUUAACGACCCUUCUUCCUUUUCAGCAGAGCUUCCAGGUUUACAUAAAGAGGGAGAAUGCCGGCAGCUGGAAUUCUGGUCUGGAUAAGGAGCAAAU